AUGUUAACAAGUUUUUCUUUUCGUCAAACUAGUCGUUAUUUAAUUCUUAAUUCUUCUCGAGUUCCUUUAUCUACUUUACCUUAUCCAAAAUCAAGUGAAACACAAGCAGCACCUGAUGGAACUCCAAUUAAUUAUCCUACACAACAAAAUUCAUCGAAAAUUAAUCCUAUUAUAUCAAUUUCUUCAAAUGAUCUUUUAGAAGCUAAACGAUUAGAUAAUCUGUCAUCAACAAAUCCAAACGAUGCUAAAAUAUCGAAUACACUUGUUUUACCUGGUAUACCUAUGCCUACAACUGCACCGCCAUUAGCUACUGAACAACAACAGACAAUUAAAGAGGAAACAGAACAACAUGAACGAAUACCAUCAUCACGUUUUUCAGCUUUUCUUCGAAGUAUUCGAUCUGGUUUACCAUUUUUUCCAUCGAAGAAAAAUAAUGCAUCAUCAAUAAAUAUUACGACUACACGAGAACAUUUUAUUCCGUUAACACGUCCUUCAUUAAUUCGAUUAUUAGCUACUGAUAAUCAAUUACUUGAUGAUAAUGAAGAUCGUCUUUUAUUUCAUCAAUUAUGUGAAGGUUUCGAUAGUGCUGUUGUUCAACGUUAUCAUCCAAUAUUAAAUGAAUUAAAAAAUUUAUUUAAUCCAUUGAAUCCUGAUCAUGAAACAAUUGAAAAUCUUCAAUUAUCAAUGCGUGAUCGUUUAGAUAAUGAAUAUUGGUUAUUACAAAAAAUUAAUGAUUUACUUCAUCGAUCUAAUUUUACUGAAUUACCACGAAAUAUUCUUCUAGAAAAAUUUAUUAUUCAAGGAGACUCAACAUCAUCGUCAUCAAAUAUUAAUAUUAAAAUUAAUGGUUAUGAUUAUGAUGUAUUAAAAUUUUGGAUACUUGGACGUGAACAAAUACCUGGUGGAUAUGUAUCACGAUGGAAAAGAUUAUUUGGAAAAUCUAAUCCUGUUAUAUCAAAUGAUUAUUUUAAACGUGUAAUUUUAGCUGUACGUCUUAAAGGACAAGAUCGUUUAUAUUUAAAAGCUUAUCGAGAUAUUCCAUCACAAAAUCUUCCACAAUUAUUACCUGUUGGUAAAUUACAAAUAGGUGGUUAUGAACAACGACUUAUUUGGUAUACAUUUUUUGUUGGAACAAGUACAGCUGUUACACAACUAAUAACAACAAUGGCAAAUUUUCAUAUACCAGGUUUAGUUAUUGGUGGUAGUAGUUUAACAUUAUUACUUGCUUUUUGGUCAUUAAGAAGUUCAUAUAGAUCAAAAAUAAAUUAUUUAUCAAACAUGAAUCGAGUUUUAUUUUAUAAAAAUAUUGCAUCUAAUAAACAAUUAUUAGCAAUGAUUAUUGAUCGAGCAGAAGAUGAACUGAGUAAAGAAAUUCUACUUGUUUAUAUGAUUAUCUUAUGGAGACAACGACAAAAUGCUGAUUUAACAACAAAAAUUCUUGAACUAGAAAUAGAAAAUUGGAUUCGUGCAAAAACAAAUGCAAGUAUUCAUUUUAAUAGUGAUCAGGCUAUUGAAUUUCUUCGUAAAUUAGGAAUUCUUUCACUUGAAGAUCCAGCUAGACCAAAUCAUUUACAAGUAAUUCCGUUUAAACAAGUGGUUGGUAUUCUUCCAAACAUUUCUCGAGCAUUAAGUGAAAAAAACGAAGAAUGGGAUUUAAUUGAAGGUUAUGAUAAAAAAUAUUUUGAAAUGGAUUGGAAAACUGUUCUUAAUGAAGAUAAACUUCUUAAUAAAGGUGGAUGGCAUUAA